GAUGUGUCACGUCACGUAAUGUCUGCGUAUGCUGGAAAGUUGGGUCGGCAUUCGUUCUCUACGAAAUUGCAGACAGCCGUUGAGGCGAUAGCGUUGUGUCAUAAUGUGACACCGAUUAAUGAAAAUGGCAAAUGCAGUUACCAGGCAGCUAGUCCGGAUGAGGUGGCUCUGGUGGAAUGGACAGAAACCGUUGGAGUGCGGUUAGCGGAACGUGAUUUGACAUCUUUGCAGUUGAAUCUAGCAAACGGACAGACGAAAUGCUUCCAAAUAUUGCAUUUGUUCCCGUUUACAUCGGAAGCGAAGAGAAUGGGAAUUAUCGUCAAAGACGAAACGACCGACGAGAUAAGUUUGAUAAUAAAAGGUGCCGAUACGGUGUUGGCAAAUAUGGUGCAGUACAAUGAUUGGCUGGAAGAGGAGAGCAGUAAUAUGGCCAGGGAAGGUCUGAGAACAUUGGUGGUAGCCAAGAAGAUCUUAACGCCUGAACAAUUGGCCGACUUCGAGAAGCAUUAUCAUCAGGCGAAAAUGUCGGUGGUGGGCCGAAGUGAGCAGAUGGCCGCAGUGGUGCGACGACUCGAGACUGAUUUGCAGUUGUUGUGCUUGACGGGCGUGGAGGAUCGUUUGCAGGUUUCGAUUGUUGAUUUUGAUUCGUUGAUU